AUGACCAACUCACCGACGCUGAUCGUGAUGAUUGGCCUGCCCGCCCGCGGCAAGACCUACGUGUCCAAGAAGCUCACCCGCUACCUCAACUGGAUUGGGGUGCCCACCAAAGUGUUUAAUUUAGGGGUGUAUCGCCGGGAAGCAGUGAAGUCUUACAAGUCCUAUGACUUCUUCAGGCAUGACAACAAAGAAGCCAUGGAAAUCCGCAAACGAUGUGCCUUGGUGGCUCUGGAAGACGUGAAGGCUUAUCUCCUGGAGGAGUGCGGGCAGAUAGCUGUGUUUGAUGCGACCAACACAACUCGAGAAAGACGGGACCUGAUCUUAAAUUUUGCUAAAGAAAAUGCUUUCAAGGUGUUUUUUGUGGAGUCUGUCUGUGACGAUCCCGAAGUCAUCGCUGCCAACAUCCUGGAGGUGAAAGUUUCCAGCCCUGACUACCCAGAGAGAAACCGGGAGAACGUGAUGGAUGAUUUCCUGAAGAGGAUCGAGUGCUACAAGGUCACUUACCAGCCUCUCGAUCCUGAUGCAUAUGACAAAGAUCUUUCCUUCAUUAAAGUGAUCAAUGUGGGCCAGCGGUUCCUAGUAAACAGAGUCCAGGAUUACAUCCAGAGUAAAAUCGUCUAUUACCUAAUGAACAUUCAUGUCCAGCCGCGUACCAUCUACCUUUGCCGACACGGUGAGAGUGACUAUAACCUUGUUGGCAAGAUUGGUGGGGACUCUGGUCUGUCGCCGCGCGGGAAGCAGUUUGCUCAGGCGCUGAAGAAGUUCAUUGAAGAGCAGGAAAUCGUUGACCUGAAGGUGUGGACCAGCCAGCUAAAAAGGACGAUCCAGACGGCUGAGUCACUGGGGGUCACGUACGAGCAGUGGAAGAUUCUCAAUGAGAUCGAUGCUGGGGUGUGUGAAGAAAUGACCUAUGCGGAGAUUGAAGCCAAGUAUCCAGACGAGUUUGCCUUGAGGGACCAAGAGAAAUAUCUUUAUCGUUAUCCUGGAGGCGAGUCCUACCAGGACUUGGUCCAGCGUCUGGAGCCGGUAAUUAUGGAGCUGGAGCGCCAGGGCAAUGUCCUGGUUAUCUCCCACCAGGCGGUUAUGAGGUGCCUCUUGGCUUAUUUUCUUGACAAGAGCGCAGAUGAGCUGCCCUACCUGCGCUGCCCCCUCCACACCAUCCUCAAGCUCACGCCUGUUGCAUACGGCUGUAAAGUGGAGACGAUUACCCUGAAUGUGGAGGCCGUGAACACCCACCGUGACAAACCCUCCCUGAACUCGGACCAGAGCACCCUGCCCGCCAGCCAAACCCCCGGCAGGAUGCAGAGGAACAGCUUUACACCGCGGGCCAGCGUGGACACGGUAAAGCGCCCACGACAUUACAGCCUCGGGAGCAAACUCCUCGACCCACAGCUGGGGCCUUGCUCAUCCCUGGAAGCUCAAGAUGGGGCUGAGCAGCCGCAGCUGCAAGUGGGUGUCCAGUGCACAGAUGUGGUGGUGGCCGCUGACACCUUCAAUGAGCGGUGGCUGCCCUGA